CACUGACGCCAAAUCCAUUAACCCUCGUCGCGCCUCGUUUUCCUCGAUCACGGCCAAUCCAGAACGAAAGAAUACCUACGCAAGAUAUUAUCAUGAGCAAAGCGCCUACUCGGAAUACCCUGGAUACCGACGAUGGACGACCGACAAUGCAGGAACUUCACGGCGACGGCCAUUUCGCGCAGGCUGCGCGACGUUGGUGGUUGCGGGAGAAGCCGGCAAAGUUCAAUCCGGAGGUCCUGAAGACGGAUUUCUACGAUGUACUGGAGAAGGAAAACUUCGGACUGAAGGCGCUGUUGAUUCUAGAGAACUUACAGAUUUUGGAGAAGUUUCUGUGGCCCAAUUUCUCCGAUGAAGCGUCCAAUAUACACAUCAUCUUGAUCUCGUUGAUGAUCAAUGUGAAGCGACGAGAGGGGAUGCCAAUAUGGGAACACCUCGCAUCGCCACCUGCGAACUUUUCGAUCCUGUUCCGACGAGUUCUCUCAAUGUGCAUCGACCAGACGUUGCCGCUUUCGGUCCGCAUUCACCUACUGAGCUUCGUCGUGAUCGCCUUCCAGUCACUGGAUAGCAUUUUGGUGCGGAAAGAGUGCGCGUCGCUGGUUUCCAUAGCAGUAUGGAAUCAUCUGUCUUCCGAAGAAGUGAGGAAUACACAGCUAGAAAAAUAUCCCCAGACAAGAAAGGCGUGGAGGGCGGCAGGAAAGCGCUUCGAAGCGGGGGAUGAUGCUACGAAGACACGGUUACGAUUCGAGAGAUCAUGGCUAUACCAGAUGGCGCUAGACUUUCUCACCCUGCUGUACAAGCCGCUAAACCAACAGGACGACCCAAGAGAGGUCGUGAUGUACUGCGAGCGCUUCGUUGAGCUGCUAACGGACCUUGAGUCUCAACUCCCGACAAGGCGUUACGUUAACUUCUUGCUGAAAGACCUCCACGUCUUGACUGUCAUCAAGCUCUCUCCUCUCUACGUCAAAUCGGAGGACGGUCUCCUGCGGGAUCUGCACGGCCUGUUGGAACACUUUGUCCACUUCUCGAUCGACGACAUAACUGGGCUACAGCUGUCUCGCGAGGAAGUUCGACAGCUGCACAAUGCUCAGUUGGCAAGACUGCAAAGGAUUGCGUUCAAAUAUUUCAAAGAGAAGCUCUUGAUCUUAGCGUUGGCCAACUUUGGCAACCUUGGACAGCGGGACGAGCUCGUUGGUCACCUGGCCGACCUUGCCGACGAAGAACUGAUAGAAUUGUGUAAGAAAUUGGGAUUGCGAACUUCGUAUCCUAAAUCUGUUGGAUUCUCGGUAGACCGAGAGUUUCUGACAGAGGCGAUCAUUUGUGUUCAUGAGCGUCGGCAGACCUUCCAAGAGCAGACCAAGUCUAUGACUGUGUUGCCGAACGAGAGCACUCUGUUUGAUGAAUCAUUCAUUCGCGAUAACAAUUACGACGGCUCCAGGCCAUUAGCUAUUCCCAAGUUGAACCUGCAGUAUCUCACGGUUGGAGACUUUCUGUGGAGGUCGUUUCUCUUGUAUAGACAUGAAGCAUUCUACGGCAUUCGCCAGAACAUCGAAGACUCUCUGAAGAAGUUGGCUCCCAAGAUUACGUAUCCGUCAAUGGAGACUUCUUUCCACGGCUUCUCGAAAAUGGCUCUCACAAUCACCCGUCCAUCGAUCCUAGAAGUCUUGCCCCCGAAGGUCGGAGAAGAGAAGCCGGCAGCCGUUCGUGCAGAAGUCAGCUUAGAUCUCAGCCGGCUCUCUCCGGAGGUAAGGAAGGAAUGGGAAUCUUUACGGUCAGACGACGUAGUGUUUCUCCUGGGUGUCAAAGGUACGGACGAGAGUGAUAAGAUGAUCACCAACGGCGGAUCCGAGAAAUUCAGCUUGGUCGAAAAAUACGGUAUCCGAUGUCUUAGAGCGGCAGAGGUUGUGUCUGUGCUCGACGCUCAAGGCCGCCACCUUGGAACAGGAGAGGGCAGGGUCAGAAGUUCUGGUGGACAGUGCCGUUUGCACCUCAAGCUGGAUACCGAUAUGUAUCAGAUUGAUAGUGAUCACGUGAAGUCGGGAAAGCCAGACACCUACGAAUCAGUCAAUGUUAUCAUCCGUCGGAAAGGAAGGGAAAACAACUUCAAGCCAGUUCUCGAGUCGAUCCAAGAAUUAACCCAGACGGAUGUACCGAUGCCUAUAUGGCUACAGGAAGUCUUCCUAGGCUAUGGAGAUCCCGCUGGUGCUACCAAUCUCCCCAACUGCCCCCGGAAAGUCGAUUUCCGUGACACGUUCCUUGACUGGCAGCAUCUGCUGGAGAGCUUUCCUGAUCUGACAAUACAGCCCGAAGACGACACGGUGGAGGGCUCAACUCCACCAUACGUUCUUGCCCAGAAGUCUACCACCCCCGAACCUAAGUUGACCAAGAAGCGACGUCGUGACCAGGGUGAUUCUUCACAGGCAAACAAGCCUCUCGGAGUUUCCACCUACAAGGUUCCAAACAUGGGACCGUAUCCAAUUGAUCAGCCGAAAAUGAAUAUGACCCGAUUCACACCGACACAGAUCAAGGCCAUCCAGUCUGGUACAAACCCGGGCCUGACGGUAAUCGUUGGCCCUCCUGGAACCGGAAAAACGGAUGUGGCGACUCAGAUCAUCAGUAAUAUCUACCACAACUAUCCAAACCAGCGGACGUUGCUUAUCGCGCACAGCAAUCAGGCUUUGAAUCAGCUGUUCGAGAAGAUCACUGCCCUUGAUAUCGAUGAGAGGCAUCUCCUAAGACUGGGGCACGGCGAAGAGGGGCUCAAUACAGCGUCUAGUUACAGCAAGCAAGGGAGGGUUGAAUCAUUCAUGGACAACCGGACUCGCCUCUUGGCCGAGGUUGACCGACUAGCUGCUGCUCUUGGUGCUCCGGGUGCACAUGGAGACUCCUGCGAAACUGCCGACUACUUCAAUCAGGUUUAUGUCCCUCCCGCCUGGAGCAUAUUUGAAGAGGCGUUGGCAAAUGCUGGUGAUGAAGCAACCGCCGAGAUGGUUCGCGAUGCAUACCCAUUCAGUCAUUACUUCUCCAACACGUCGUCUCCCAUGUUUCCCGAUGGCAUAUCCUUCGAUAAGGCGUUGGAGAUUGCUCAAGGCGGCUACAGACACAUCCAAAAGCUCUUCUCUGAGUUGGAAGAUAUCCGACCGUUUGAGCUCCUCCGGACUCCUCGUGAUCGCCAAAAUUACCUCCUCAAGAAAGAGGCCAGGAUAAUCGCUAUGACUUCUACUCACGCCGCAAUUAAGCGUCAAGAUAUCACCAAGCUAGGAUUCCACUACGACAAUAUAGUCAUGGAAGAAGCAGCGCAGAUCACCGAAAUCGAAACCUUCAUCCCUCUUGCGCUCCAAAAGCCGAUCAACUCUGAGUUGCCCCUUCAACGAGUAGUCCUCUGCGGUGAUCACCUCCAAAACUCGCCGAUCCUUCAGAACCUCCCGUUAAAACAAUACGCAAAUCUGGAUCAAUCACUCUUCGCGCGCCUCGUCCGACUCGGCGUCCCUCAAAUCAACCUCGACCAGCAGGGCCGUGCCCGCUCCUCAAUAGCAAACCUCUACGCCUGGCGCUACAAAAACCUCACCAACCUUUCCAUUCUCCAGCAAUCCCCCGAAUUUCAAACGGCCAACGCUGGCUUCGCCCACGAGUACCAAUUCAUCGAUGUGCCGGAUUACAAAGGCUCUGGCGAGAUCGAGCCGACAAAACACUUUGUUCAGAAUCUGGGCGAGGCAGAAUAUGCAGUCGCAAUAUACAUGUAUAUGCGACUACUCGACUACCCGGCUGACAAGAUUUCGAUCCUUACACCCUAUGUCGGGCAGCGCGCGCUUAUUCGCGAUGUCCUCGUUCGCAGGUGCAGGGACAGCCCGCUGUUUGGAAUGCCACGCAUCGUUACCACCGUCGAUAAAUACCAGGGCGAACAGAAUGACUAUGUCAUCCUCUCGUUGGUGCGUACGAAGCGCGUAGGAUACCUGAGGGAUAUCCGCCGUAUGACGGUCGCGUUUUCGAGAGCUAGGUUGGGUCUGUAUGUACUUGGCCGGAGGGAGGUGUUUGAGAGCUGCUUUGAACUACAAGAGGCGUUUAGGAGGUUGCAGGGCACCGGCGAAGGGAAGUUGGAGCUUGUCACCGGCGAAAUGUGGCCGACUGAGAGGGCGGAGGGCGAGAAGUCGGAGGCGGCGACCGCAGUUAUGGAAGGCGUCGAGCAUCUGGGCAGGUAUGUCUACGAGAUGACGGUUACGAAGAUGGAGAGUUUGAAGAAGGGGGCGCAGUAGAUGUAGGAUGGGCUUCUGUAGAUAGCAAAAUCAGGUGUUCGAUGAAAGUGUCGCGGGUCUAUGCAAUAAAGCCAGUUGUUUUUCCGAACAAGAAAAA